AUGAGUUCGUUUUAAAACAUAGCCAACGCUACCAGUAAUACUCAAAGAUUACCUCCCCAUUUCCCAAAACAAGGAAUAUUCAAUGAUACAGUGAGUUCAAUGGAAGAUGAUGUCUAAUCUGCUAUUACUAAUAACAGAAAUUCCUCUAAAAAGAGGGUGAAGAAAUCAGUAACCUUCCAAGUGUACACAGCCAAGAAUUUGAACAACAUCAAAUAAAAACGAGAAGAACUGUAGAACUAACUGGACAAUUUUUCCAGAGAGAGAUCACUUUCUAAUACCACUCGAAGAGAAAAUAAUACUACUAAAAGCAAUGCUAACUUAAAUAUUAGCAAUAACUAGAUCCAAAAUAGUACAUUUUCUAAUUUGCCUUAGUUUUAAAUACAGACUCUCACCUCGGAAAUUAAUAUAUCUAACUAAAAGGAAACAAUGGAUAAUCCUCUGAGCAACAGAAGCUCCCUGAAUCAGAGAGUGAGUGUAUUGCCUAUAGAAGAGAUUAAGGAGAACACUUUUGGCAUUAAAGGUGUAAAUCAUCUAUUGGCACAAUAAGAACUGACAAAUAACUAGCAGUAGCAAUUAAAUGAUGAUGACUAUAAUCCUUCAUACCUAGUACUAAGUAAUCCUUUCUCGUAGUAGAUAAAAUCAUCUAUAAAUUCCAAUACCCAAAAUCUAUAGAGCCAUAGCUAGAUUCUCUCACCAAACUCUAAUUAAAACCUGCAAAUGAGCAAAUUACUAAGGUCAGGAAUGACCUAAGCACUGAAUAGAAUGGAGUAUGAUGGUCAAUUUAUUGGAAAUGCUCUCAAGUCCACUAUUAGAGAGAGACAAUCUGGGGUUAAAACAGAGUAAUUCUAAUCCUUGAAUUCUUCACCCACCAACUAAAAUCAACUAGCGAUGUCAAUUGAUAAACUUCAACUCUAGCAUUUGAGAAAAAGCAACUAGUCAUACCAAUCUCCACCAGAAAUAGUUUGUUACAAAGAAAAGUUUACUUUUUAAAAUCUAUCUUAGCUAGUUUAAUCUAUUGAAAAUACUGUUGAAAAGUAAAACUGCUCAGACAUCAUUUAAUCAUUUGACAUCUUAGCUGAAUACUCUUGGAGGAUUAAUCAAAAGAUUCUCAGAUAAACAGCCCGAUGCAAUUUUUAUUUGAUCAAGAGAUACAUGGGACAUUUGAAAUAUGCAAUGAGAGCAAUAAAAUAUAAGAGAUAUCUUAUAGAGAAGGCAAAUAAGUUUAGGCAGCAAAAAGUAAAGACUUUCAAGAAGAUUUUGUGGAGAAAGAUUAGAAAAAUACUUAUAAUUGAGAAAAGAUGGCUUUAAAAAGUUUAAAAAGAGUUCUAGUUACAGUAAAUUGAUUAAAUGAUAAUGGCUUGGAGAUUAUUCGUAAAAUACAAAAAGGCCAAGAGAAAUCAUAGACUUACCAUCUACUAUUAUUUCAUGAGAAGACUUUAGGAUAAAGUAGACAAGCGAUACUCUAAUAUAAGCAAAAUUUAAGACUAGCUUAAUAGAUAUAAACUAAAACGGAUAGUCUAAGGAAUGAAAUCAUUUGUCAGAUAUAGUAAAAAGAAGAGAUAAAAUCUGAGGAAAAUGCUGAUAUUCAGGUCAAAGGCUUUGAUUAGAAAUGGAUUUGAAAACUUCAGAUGCAACAAGCAACAGUAAAAGACAAUCAAGCAGGAUGUGCUUUUGAAAUAAGCUAUUAUUGACAAAAAUGAAUUUUUCACAGUUUAAGUAUCAAUGAAGUCAGGCCUCAUUGAUAACCCCAUGAAUUUCUAGAACAAAGAUAAAACCACUGGAAAAUUUAACAUUACAAAACACAAUGUGAUGAAUAUUAACAUUAUUAAUUGA